CGGUCAGUCAAUCGUCGGAGACGAAGCUCGAUCACAAGCCGCGUCCGUUGACGGCGCUUAGCAGUACAGACACCCUCAAGAGCAACACAUGAUGCAGAUCGCGGUGCCGUCCGUUGAUCGUAGCAUCUUGGAAGAACAACGACAGUGAGCAAAAAGCGUAAACAUCGUUACCGUCGCCGUCAUCGUCGUCAUCGUGCGCGAGUGUCCACGCUCUGUCCCUUUUGGCGUGUCGAACGUGUGGAAAACAUUCUCGCGAAGAGAUCGCGGUUUUUCAAAAGCCGCCACCGAUCGUGCAGCGCGCAGAUCUUCUUUUUCCGCCAUACGAUCACACAUGCUCUCGGCGGCAGAAGAGGAGCACGCGUGACAUUAGAGAGUAGCUCCGAAACCGCUAGUAGUGUUAGUAGUGGUAGUUCUCCAGGCCACCAGAGACUAAAAAUAGUACAAUACGGCCUGGAUUUUUGGGAGAUGUCAAAGUAGCUCAGCGCGGCACGGCGUUCGGUGCCCAGCUUGGUCCCAGCCUGCAUUGGCACUUUUUUCGGCUGAUCUAUUUAUUGCAGAACGUGGUGAUCGUCGCGACGGACCGUCAACUGUUGUUACGACGUAGCUCAUCGGAAAAGUAAUUGUUCAAUUUGGAGGCAUCCGGAAGGGUUCUUCGAGUCCUUCAACCUCAAGCAGAUUGACCUGAAAUCGAUCGCAGUGAUUGAAACAGCAUGGACACGCAAUCACAUGGUGGUGGAACGGUGAACGGAGGCGGCGGCAGCAGUCCUCAGCAGUUUUGCCUACGAUGGCAUAAUCAUCAGGCAAGUCUACUCAGCUCCUUACCACUGCUUCUGGACCAGUCCCACUUGACCGAUGUGACGCUAAUAGCAGAAGGACGCAAUAUUAAGGCACAUCGCGUGGUCCUCAGCGCUUGCAGCACAUUCUUCUCGGAGCUGUUUCGAACGCUGGAUGGGCCAUUGUAUCCGGUGGUUGUUCUACCAGGCGCCUCUUUCCACGCGGUUGUGGCACUACUCACUUUCAUGUACUCCGGUGAGGUUAAUGUAUAUGAGGAACAAAUCUCUACCCUGCUCUCGCUGGCCGAGACAUUGGGUAUCAAAGGAUUAGCGGACUUCAGUGGAAAUUCGCAAAAAUCCAGCACUCCAACGACUGAAGCUUCUUCUCGGGAAUCGGAAAUCCCAUCGCCUUACCAAGCUAUCAAAAUGGAAUCCCCAGGAGAUUCCUACUUUCCACGACCCUUCAAUUUCCAUUCGCCACUUUUCCCGCAAGCACUCAACCUGGCGACACACAACAACAAUAAUAGCAGUAGCAAUAACAAUAAUAACAUCACCUCAAGUAAAUCGGCGGACCCGUUUUCACGAUUUCUUCCGCAGAAGUGUGAUAUGAUGCCAAGCGAAGCGCUUUGGAAGAUGAAUGAGGAAGGUGAAACUAUAAAUAGAGACAACAAAAGUGGCAGCAAUAAUGGUCCCAGCACCAAUAACAGCAACAACUUAGAGGAUCGACAAUCUGUCAAUGCUAAUAAUAAGAACAACAUUACCAGUCAGAGUACCAGUCAGUCCCAGGGAGAGAAGCCGAAUGUGACAAAAAACGACACAGAAUCGGCUGCCACCGGUGGAGAUCCUAAAUUUAAUCUCGAUGGUACUCAGCUUCCCCACGCGCAGCAUGAUUCCACACCAUCUACGCCUUCCAGCAUCCCAGACGAACAGCGUUCCCUGAACACUUGUUCUGUCAAGAGAUCCACCAGUCAGGAGAGCAAGCGAAAGAAAAUCGACAAAAUUGCUGAGAAUCUCCGCACGCAAACGUCUGCUACGGCAGCCGCUGCCGCCGCCGCUGCAGCCGCCGCAGCCUCAUUCAACAAGCAUUUGCUGCAAUCCUUGAAAUUCCCACCGAGCUCGCAGUCACUCUCGCAGUUACAUUUCUUCAGCAAACCCCCCACCGCAACGCCAGUGAGCAAUCAGCAGCCAUCCUUUCUGGCGCACCAUUUCCUAACGAACGAGUCUGCAUCGAAAACACCAGAAAAUCUGAUUCUACCGGAUCCAGCUCACCCCAGCUCGGGGGGCGCGGCAGGGACGCUUCUGAACCACGCAGGUGGAACGAUGUCUCCGAUUGCUUCGUCCGCCUGUUCCGGCACGACGGCUACGACGAUUACCCCUUCCAUGGCGAUGGACAUUGUCGGAGCGUCAUCGCUUAGUGCUGCGAACAGUAUGCUGAAGGCCGCCGCCGCCGCUGGGCAUCACCUGAGCCCAAGCGGAACGCCACCGCAGAAACCACCCACCAAGCUGUACGCCACGUGUUUCAUUUGCAACAAGCAACUCAGCAAUCAGUACAAUCUGCGGGUGCAUCUGGAGACGCAUCAAAAUGUCAGGUACGCUUGUACGGUUUGUUCACAUGUCUCCCGCAGCAAAGAUGCUCUUCGAAAGCACGUAUCCUAUCGUCAUCCUGGAACCCCUAGCCCAUGUGACCCGGAUACCAAACGAAAGCGAUCCAAAGCAAACCUGGGCCAGAUAAUCAAACAGGAAAUGCUCAACGACCAAAACCCCAUGAGCCACAUGAUCAAACAAGAAUUUCUUUCCGAUCAAUCGAGUCAGCUGCACCUUCAGCAACAGCAGCAACAACAUCACACAAACCAGCUUCUGGCAAAUCUGACAUCGCAAGGCAAUUCGAUUGUCUCGAUUCCAACUUUCCUACAGCAGGCCGCCUCCAUGCAGUCUGCCUUUUCCCCAAAAUCCCUUCUUUUCAAUACAGCUUCGAUUCCCAGUGCCCUUGCGUCAUCCCUUGCCACACCUCCAAUACCCGACAUCCUCAAUCAACCUAAGGAUCUUAGCCAUCCAACCCUUCUACCGGAAAGCGCGAACAACGGUUCGCCUUCGCCGUCCAUCCCGGAUUGUGCCACGAAGGCUAAUAAAGGAUCGUCAGUAAGCAUGGACGAAGGUCAACCAUCGAUUGCGGAAGAACCCGUUGUUCCCGUUGUGGGUUCUGCUCCAUGAAUGUUCUACUAGUCAAUGUUUUCGGAACUGUUUUUCAACAGUGUUACGGCGAGGUGUUACGCUGAAUGAGCCAUACUCCGCUGAAGCGUGGUCGCAUGAGAAUUUCUAAAACAGAAUAAUUGUGAAAUGUUUUCGUGCACCCAAAAAAAGUAAAUUUAUUAUUUUUAGGAGAAUUUCCAUAAAAAAUCUUCACUGCUCAAAAUGUCGAGUCUCAUGAAGCGGGAAGUCAUAAAUCAACUGUCGAGUCUCCUGCUCCACGUGUUGUAUAAAUCGCAAAGAUUUUGGAAUAGGCAAAAUACUAUGUGAUUUCUAUAGCACACGUCUAUAGACUAACGCAAAAUGAACUCCCCCAAGAAAUUAUGACGUUUGAGCGGGUCGCAU